UUUCCCCCUCCAGGUUUCACCUAUCACCUUAUGUUUCUCUCUCCCCUCCCUCCACCUUUUAAAUCUACUCCUCAGCUUUUCUCUCCAGUCCUACCAAAGGGUUUCUGCCCAAAAAAUUGACUGUACUCUUUUCCUAAAUGCUGUCUGGCCUGGUGAGUUCCUCCAGCAUUUUGUGUGUGUUGCUCGGAUUUCCAGCAUCUGCAGAUUUUCUCUUGUUUGUGAUGAGAUAAUGCUGAGGCUUUGUAAGACACCAGUCAGGUUGCACUUGGUGAUUUAGGGUUUCUAAUUAGGGUUUUCUAACCCUAAUCAUCAACAGUUUUGGGUCUCGUAUCUCAGAGAGGAUGUGGUAUCACUGGAGAGAGUCCAGUCGAGGUUCAUGAAGAUGAUUCCGGGAAUGAAGGAGUUAACAUGAGGAAUGUUUGACAACUUUGGGCCUGUACUCACUGUUAUUUAGAAGAAUAUGUGGGGAUCUCAGUGAAAACUACUGAAUGUCAAAAGGACGAGAUAGGGUAGGUGUGAAGAGGAUGUUUCCUGUGAUGGGGUUAUCCAGAAUGAGUGGACACAACCUUUCAGAACAGAGGUAAGGAGGAUUCUUUUUAGCCAGAGAGUAGUGAACCUGAAAUGCUCUGCCACAGACUGUGGUGGAAGUGGAAGUGGAAGUUGCUAAUUUCCUGAUUGGUUUGGGCAUCAAAGGAUAUGGCAUUAGGGUUGCGGGCAUUGGUGAGACCGAAUGGCAUGACCAGAUACUCGUAAUGGCCUGAGGUGUUGUUGAAAGCUGUCUUCCACUCAUCCCCUUCAUGGAUGCGGACAAGAUGGUAGGCAUUACGGAGAUCAAGCUUGGCAAAAACUGAGGCUUCUUGCAGUAAUUCAAAUGCUGAGGUCAUUAGCAGAAGAGGGUAACGGUUCUUAUCAGUUCACUCAGUCCCCGGUAAUCAAUGCAUAGACACAAGGUGCUGUCCUUCUUUUCAACAAAGGAAAAACCGGCACCAGCAGGCGAGGAAGACAGCCAGAUGAUGCCUGUAGCCAGAGACUCUUGAAUGUACUUACUCAUGGCUUCUGUUUCAGGUACAGACAGGAAUACAGGCAGCCCCCUGGGGGAGAUGUGCCAGGCAAGAGGUCAAUGGUGCAAUCAUAUGGAUGAUGAUGCAGUAGGGAAGUGGCCCGGGACUUGCUGAACACAGCCUUGAGGUCCAUGUAUUCAUGAUGGAUGGCACCAAGGUCCAGAAAUUCCUCGGGGGGGAUCUGAGCAUGGCGAAGGCAGUGGGAGUGACAGAAUGGGCUCCAACCUAUAACCUUGCGACUGAGUCAGUCAAUGUGGGGGUUGUGUUUAACUAACCAGGGAUGGCCCAGGACAAUGGGAGCUUGAGGAAUGUCAAUAACAAAGAGUUAAAUGUUCAUGAUGGUUGCUGGAUAAACUGAGACUCACUGGGGCUGUGAUAUGGGUGAUGUUAGCCAAUCUCUGACCGUUCAAGGCAUUGGCCAUUAAUGGUGACUAGAGAGCAGACCUGGGUAAUCCCCAUUUGGCAGCCAAGCCAGAAUCGAUAAAACACCCCUCCACACCAGAAUCAACCAAGAUGGAGACUGCUCUCCAUUGGACACCCCACUCCAGAGAAGCAGGUAUGAGAGUGAGUGGUGUCGAGGAGGGCCAGACAGGGGUCACACUCACCAGUACUCCUCGUCCUACUGGUGAGUGCUUGGUUUUUACUGGGCAGGUGGAGAUGAAGUGGCCUGGUUGGCCACAGCACAGACAGGAACAGGUGCUGAUUCUCCUAUGUCUUUCAGUUGGCAUCAGGCGGGUACAGUCAACCUUCAUAGCUUCAGGCUCUGGAACAGGAAUUGUAGAUGCGGGCAAACAGCAUGGCAAUGUGGACUGACGAGGAACUUGGUACUCACCCAGUGCCCCCAGGGACCCUCUGGAACCCCUCCCUCUGCCUCCCAGACAGCUGUUCCCCAUUCUCUCGCCCGACCGGACAAUUGGGCGAUGAUGUAGGCUACCUUGGUUCGAUCAGUUGGAAAUGUUGGUUGCAACUCAAAAAUGAGUGUGCACUGGAAAAGAGCGGCACAUACCAGGCUCACCUGAGUACUUUUCUGGAGGAGGCCGACAGAGCUCUUGGACAGAAGGAGCAUGCGAGGUUGCAGAGAGCAGGGCAGAAGGUGCAGUUGCAGAGUGUUGAUGGGCGCUCUGGGACAGCUGGAGUGACUGAGACUGGGCUACAAGAUUGGAGGGGGGGGGGCUACAUUAGCAAAAAGCAAUUCUACUGCUCUGAACACAGAGUCCAGCUGGCUCUGGAGUCUCCCAGCAUUACUCCCUGUUGUUCCAGGGCAGCUCUCAGACAACCAGGGUCUGCUGGAUCCAUUCUGGCCAGAUUGUACUGUCAGGAUAAAGCAGACCCAGUACUGUGUAAACAGUGAUACUAACUGAGUAACAAAUCCAGAGGUGUAAACAAAUUCAGCAUCAAAGGUCAGGCAGAGAUCAAAACAUCCAGAAAAAUCCAAAAACCUGAAUCAGACAAUAGGCAGGGUUGAUAUUCAGACAGAGUACAGGUACAAAUGCUGGAAAGGCUGAGGAAAAUUCACUGGCACAAUCUGACAACAAACAGGUGAAAACACAGGACUGAAAUACACUGAGCAAUAAACAGAGAGGCAAAUAAUAGGUGGAGCAUAAUGAAACAGAAGUGGCAGCAAAACAGGUGAGAGGCAGAGCGCUCAGUAAUACAGGGGCAGAGGGAGAGGAACACCAAAACAAACAAGAGCACAAGCAAAACCAAACCACAGACUGACUGUUAAGGGGAGAACACACAAAAGACAAAUUUCAGCUGGACGUACUGACAAAACUGCAGAAAGGCCGAUUUUAAUAGCAUCAGAAGGUAUCUGGUUAUUUAUAUACAUCGCAAACAGCAGAGGUCCCAGCACAGAUCCCCAUGGAACUCCAUUAAUUUCAGACCUCCAGCUUGAAUAAGUCUCUUCAACCACUACUCUCUGGAUUUAGAAACUGGCUUGCACAUAGAAGACAAACUGCCAAUUCACUGUGGACCCCGUGCAUCUUUAUUUUCUGGACUAGCUUCCCAUGAAGGACUUUGUCAAAUGAUCCACGCAGACAACAUCAACUGCCCUACCCUCAUCAAUCUCUCUUGUCACCUUGUUUAAAAAAAACUCAAUCAAGUUGGGUAAGGCACAUCCUGCCAUGCACAAAGCCAUGCUGGCUCUCCCUAAUUUGGCCAUGGGUUUCCAGAUGCUUAUAUGUCCUAUCCCUAAGAACCUGCUCCAGCAAUUUCCCUACAACUGGCGUGAGACUCGUUGGUCUAUAGUUCCCAGGAUUUUCCCUUGUUCUCAUCUUAAAUAGAGGUAUAACAAUAGCCACUCACCAGUCCUCCGGGACCUUGAGGGUAAAGACCAGCUAUGUACAACAAAUUCAGGAACAUCUGUCCAAUAACGAUCCCUGGUGUAUGUGGCUGGACAGCAAGGGCAUUACACAGAGAAUAACAGCGUCUACAGUACCUCCCUGCAUGCUUCGAGGCAUGCAGUAUAAUGCCAGCCAUGAAAGGUGGUCUAAGGUCGUGUAAAGAGCCAUUGAGAUUGCAACUGCUGGGACUUCUGUGGUGAUCCUGACAAGUGUGACAUCUGGGGAAACACCCCUCUACAUUUGGCAGCUGCCAAUGGCCACCUCGACAUUCUCUCCUUCCUGAUAUCCUUUGGAGCAAACAUCUGGUGCCUGGACAAUGACUACCACACUCCACUGGACAUGGCAGCCAUGAAGAACCACAUGGAGUGCAUCCGCUACCUGGACUCGAUUGCGGCAAAGCAAACCACUCUGUACCCCAAAGUGGUCAGCAAGAUGAAGCAGAAAGCCUUCAGAGAUGCUGAAAGGCACAUCAAGGAAUGCGCAAAGCUGCAGAAAAGGCACCAGCAGAGGAUGGAGAAGAGGUACAAAAAGGAGGUGGACCGUGCAGACACCGUGAGCUUCAGCAGUAUCUCUAGCAGCUCUGUAAGCAGCCACCUCCAGCGUCUCUCUCUGACCACAGCUGUGCCCUACUCACAAGCCACCAUCAAUGCCACCACCAAGGGCAAGACCAAGAUCCAGAGGAAAUUGGAAAGGAAGAAGCAGGUGGAUGGCAGCUUCAAGAUAUAUGAGGAUGGACGGAAGAGUAUCCGGUCCCUCUCUGGCCUCCAGCUCAGCAACGAUGUGAUGUUUAUAAGGCAGGGGAGCCAUGGCAGGGCAAAGGAGCGGACGCGGUGUAAUGUACGGGACAUGUUUGCAACAGAGGUACAAGAAGAUGCACUGUCGCACGCUGCCAGUGAUCCAGGCUUGCAGGUGGAUGUAGCUGGCUCUGAGGUCAGCACUGACUCAGGCCAUGAAUCACUCUUCAAUAGGCCUGGCCUGGGCACCAUGGUCUUCCGCAGGAACUAUGUUAGUGGAGGCUUGCUUGGCCUGGGGCAUGGUGCUGAAGAGGCAGAAGGCAUGAAUGGGGCUCGGACCUCAGGUGGUAAGCUGCAUAGCCAGCUCCACCGGUCCAUCAGCAUGGACGACAGCAUUGGCAGUGCCUGUAGUCUGCAGGAAAGGAGUGCUGGCGAGUUGCUCUGGGAGGAUGUGGAUCUGAGUCUGAACGAUGACCUGGAGCCAGAGACCAGUCCCCUGGAAACAUUCCUGGCCUCCCUCUGCAUAUUUGAGUUUGUACCAAUCUUCAAAAAGGAAAAAAUUGACCUGGAGGCUCUUACACUUUGCUCUGAUGAGGAUCUGAAAAGCAUAAAGAUUCCUCUAGGGCCCCGAAAGAAGAUCCUGGAGGGUAUAGAACGGAGGCAGCAGGCUCUUCAGCAAUCUGCCAGGCUCGAGGACACGUGUCUAUGAGUGCUGGUGAGUGGGAAGGCUUCCAUUAUCAGCAAGUGCCAAACCAUAGAACAGGAUUAACCCAUUCCCUCCUGGACCCUUGAGCCCUGUCCCAUCCAGGGAGAGGUGCAGCACUGACAGCAAGAAGUAUCAGCAAGGCUUGAACAAAAAGGCUUCCAUAUGCACGGCAUCUAUAUAAUUGUCAAGGCACAGGUCUCGUGAAACAUUAGAAAGUCUGCUGGAGGAACUCAACAGUUUGAGCAGAGUCUAUGAGAGGAGAAAGGGUUCUUGACACUUCACAUCGAGACUCUGCUGGACUUGAUUUUUAAUCUUGGUAGAUUUAGAAAACUGUAUCUCUAGCUAUUAAAUGAUGGCACAGUCCAGAAGCUGAGGUGAAGGAGGGUUACAUACAGCAGUGUGUGGGAGUUGGUGGUGAGCUGGCAGAAAUGGCCCUUUCUUUUAGAAAGGGCACUUGUGCAAGGUGAUAGAAUGUUUUACUGUUAUGUGUGUAAUAAACUGGUGGACUACUGUAAGGGGUCCCAGGUGAGAUGGGUCAUGCAAUGAGUGAGGUGUGGGUUGAGGGUGAUCGGGAGUGAUGGUGAGAUGGAGACUAAUGGGAAGAGGGUACAGUGUGUGGGAUGGGGUAUGAACUGUUCUGGUGCAUGUCCUGUUGGAACCGAUGGUUGGCAGCAGCUUUCUGAAGUGUUGUAUUUGCAUUAACAUGUCACACCCCUUCAAUGUUUGAGCUUCCCUUACUACUUCCACCCCCACUCCUUCACCCUUUCCCCAUCACCCCCUCCCUCUCUCUUCCUUUGCCCCUCCUUUCUCAGCCCCUCUCCAGACCUGUGGAAUGCCUGGGGGACAUCACAGCUACUGAUAUUACACCCAACACUACCUUCUUCCCACUGCUUCCCUGGAUCUCUCCUCCUCCUUCCUUUUCCCUGCUGCCACAUAGAUUUGCUCAAUGACUGGACAACUGGAUUACCAGAGCCACACAGCACAGAAUUGGGCUCUUUGGCCCAUGGAGUCCUCUGCUGACCUGUCCUCAGCCUGCAGUGUCCCACGUUUAUAUACAUACACACAGCUCUCUCCUUCUGCACACCCCAUUCCUCCCCACUCUGUCAUUCACUCUUCAAAGGUUCUGACCCCUGUUCCAGUACAUGGUCUGACUGCUGUCCAUGGAGUUGCUCAAUCAUCCUAAGUACGUUGAGUCAAUGUGUCCUGUAAACUUUGUCACUAUCCAACUCCCCUUCUCAGGUACCAGAAAUGGCCUUUGCCAUCCUUGAACACAUUCCUUACACAUUCACAUUCACUUGCACACAGACAUUGCUUUGUCAUACUGCUGUCAUUGAGAUGAGAGUAUGCACUUCAAUGUCUUCCUCAGUAUAUUCUCAUACUAACCCACUGUUUUCUCUCUGCAUUGCGACAUGCACUCAGAGUCAGACACCAAAGUUUAGUUUAAAGUUUAGCAGCAUGGAAGAAGACCCUUCUGGUAUCCACUGAUACCAAUCCUGUUUGGUAGUUUAAGUUUAAGUCAGAGAAUUGGGCAGCAUGGAAGAAGACCCUUCUGGUAUCCACUGAUACCAGUCCUGUUUGGUAGUUAGCUUUCUCUGCCUUGGCAAUGUGCUGCAUAAAUUUAUCAGUCUGCCUCCAGCCCCUGAGUGGAAUAACUCCACUUCAGAUCACCUCUGAACCUCCCAACCCAUGUCCUAGACCUUCCCCCUAUAGUUUUAGACAUCUCUGCUCUGGGGAGAAAUUCUUAGAACAUAGAAAAUUACAGCAUAGGAACAAACUCUUUAGCACACAAAGUUGCACUAAACCACAGAAAUCAGUAACCAAAUGGCCAAUUAAACUAAUCCCCUCUGGCUAUGCAAUGUCCAUAUCCUGCACAACAAUUAUUUCCUAACUAGCCUGCCUAUUACAUGUUGUACAGCCCUGUCAGUUUCUUCUCCACCACCUCUUUUCCAGGGAGAACUAACCCAGUAUCUGCUAUCCCUCCACAUAGGUUAACUGCUCUAUUCCCAGCAACACCAGAGUGAACCACAAUCCUACCCACAUUCAUUUCUGUCACAACACUGGGGGUGGGGGGGGGGGGGUGUACAGUACUGUCACCAGAACUGUAUACAAUACUCCAGCUGUGGAAACAUAGAUGAAGGGUCUUGGUCUUGACCUGAAAUAUUGGCUGUCCAUUUCCCUCCACAGAUGCUGCUAGACCUGUUUUGCACCAAUAUUUUAAAUUGUAUUAUAAUCUCCUCCUGCUAUAUUUUGCUUUAAAUGCCUAAUGACUAAGCCUGUACAGCAAUCUGUGGCAAUGAAUUCCACAGGUUCACCACACUCUGGCUCAAGAAAUUCCUCCUGAUCUUUGUUCUAAAGGGGUGUUCUUCUAUUCUGAAGCUGUACCCUCCGGUCCUAGACUCCACCACUGUAGGAAACAUCCUCUCCACAUCCACCCUAUCUAGGCUUUCAGAAUAUCAGAGAGUUUCAAUGAGAUCCCCCUCAUUCUUCUAAACUCCAGUGAGUACAAGUCUAGAGCUCCUCAAAACAUUAACCCUUUCAUUCCCAGGAUAAUUCUUGCGAACCUCCUUUGGACCUUCUCCAGCACAUCCUUUCAUAGAUAAGGGGCCCAAAACUGCUCAUAACUGCAAGUGUAGCCUAACUAAUGCCUUAUAAAGCCCCAGUAGUACAUACUUGACUUUAUAUUAUAGUGUUCUUGAAAAGAACGCUAACAUCGUAGUUGCCUAUCUGACCACUGAUUCAACCUGCAAGGUAACUUUUAUGGAAUCCUGGAUGAGGACUCCCAAGUCCCUUUGCACCUUUUGAUUUCCGAAUUUUCUAAACCUUUAUUCCUUCUACCUAAGUGGCUAGAUUCAACAGUGGCUAGAUGGGAGAUGCCAGAGAGUAGUGGUGGAUAAUUGUUUAUCGGGAUGGAGGCCGGUGACUAGCGGGGUGCCUCAGGGAUCUGUUUUGGGCCCAAUGUUGUUUGUAAUAUACAUAAAUGAUCUGAAUGAUGGGGUGGUAAAUUGGAUUAAUAAGUAUGCCGAUGAUACUAAGGUAGGAGGUGUUGUGGAUAAUGAGGUGGGUUUUCAAAGCUUGCAGGGAGAUUUAUGCCGGUUAGAAGAAUGGGCUGAACGUUGGCAGAUGGAGUUUAAUGCUGAGAAGUGUGAGGUUGUACAUUUUGGCAGGAAUAAUCCAAAUAGAACAUACAGGGUAAAUGGUAGGGCAUUGAGGAUUGCAGAGGAACAGAGAGAUCUAGGAAUAACAGUGCAUAGUUCCCUGAAGGUGGAGUCUCAUGUAGAUAGGGUGGUGAAGAAGGCUUUUGGAACGCUGGCCUUUAUAAAUCAAAGCAUUGAGUACAGAAGUUGGGAUGUAAUGUUAAAAUUGUACAAGGCAUUGGUAAGGCCAAAUUUGGAAUAUUGUGUGCAGUUCUGGUCACUGAAUUAUAGGAAAGAUAUCAAUAAAUUAGAGAGAGUGCAGAGACGAUUUACUAGGAUGUAACCUGGGUUUCAGCACUUAAGUUACAGAGAAAGGUUGAACAAGUUAGGUCUCUAUUCAUUGGAACGUAGAAGGUUGAGGGGGGAUUUGAUCGAGGUAUUUAAAAUUUUGAGAGGGAUAGAUAGAGUUGACGUGAAUAGGCUGUUUCCAUUCAAACGAGAUUCAAACGAGAGGACAUGAUUUGAGAGUUAGGGGGCAGAAGUUUAAGGGAAACACGAGGGGGUAUUUCUUUACUCAGAGAGUGAUAGCUGUGUGGAAUGAGCUUCCUGUAGAAGUAGUAGAGGCCAGUUCAGUUGUGUCAUUUAAGGUAAAAUUGGAUAGGUAUAUGGACAGGAAAGGAGUGGAGGGUUAUGGGCUGAGGGCGGGUAAGUGGGACUAGGUGAGAUUAAGAGUUCUGCACGGACUAGGAGGGCCGAGAUGGCCUGUUUCCAUGCUGUGAUUGUUAUAUGGUUAUAUAAGUGCAUGAUCAUACACUUCCCUGCACCAUAUUCCAUCUUUGACUUCUUUGCCCAUUCUCCUAAUCUGUCUGUCCUUCUGCAGACUCCCUGCUUCCUCAACACAGCCUGUCCCUCCACCUAUCUAUGUAUUGUUCACAAAUUCAUCAGUUCUGUCAUCCAAAUUAUUGACGUACAAUAUGAAGAGGCACCAACUUUGACCCCUGUGAAAGAUCACCUAGUCACUGGCAGCCAACCAGAAAGAAGACCCCUUUAUUCUCUCUGUACCUAUAUCUCAACUCAGUUUUAUCCCUCCGGUCCCUUCCUACCUUCAUCCGUGAUACUUAACAUGCUCUUAAUCUUUUCAAUGAUUUCAAGUUCUUUGGCCCCAGUCACCUUUUUUCACUAUGGAUGUCCAGUCCCUAUACAUCUCCAUACCCCACCAGAAAGGCCUCCAAGCUCUCCAUUUCUUUCUGGACAUCAGACCCAACCAGUUUCCCUCCACCACCACUCUCCUUCAUCUGGCGGAACUCAUUCUCACUCUUAAUAAUUUCUCCUUUGACUCCUCCCACUUCUUUCAAACAAAAGGUGUUGCCAUAGGCACUUGCAUGGGUCCCAGCUGUGUCAGCCUUUUUGUCAGCUAUGUGGAACAGUCAAUGUGCCAAGCCUACACUGGUGUCCGCACCCCAUUUUUCUUAUGCUCCAUCAACGAUGGAAUUGGUGCUGCUUCCUGCACCCAUGAAGAGCCUGUUGCCUUCAUCAACUUUGCUUCCAACUUCUACCUGCUCUUGAAUUUAUCUAGUCUAUUUCCAACACCUCCCUCCCCUUUCUCAAUCUCGCUGUCUCUGUCUCUGAGGACAGCUUAUCUACUGAGGUCUAUUAUAAGCCCACUGACUCUCAUAGCUACUUGGGCUAUAACUCUUCCCACCCAGUUACUUGUAAAAAUGCCAUCCCCUUCUCUCAAUUCCUCCAUCUCCACCACAUCUGCUCUCAGGCUGAGCCUUUUCAUUCCAGAACUAAGGAGUGGUCCUCCAGCAAAAGAGGCUUCCCUUCCUUCUCAACGAUGCUGCCCUCAACUACAUCUCUUCCAUUUCACACAAGCCUGCCCUAACCUCAUCCUCCUGCCAUGCCACCAGGGUUCCUCUGGUCUUCACCUACCACCCAACCAGCUUCCAGGUCCAGCAAAUAAUUCUCCAUAACAUCUGCCAUCUCCAGCAGGAUCCUACUACCAAGCACAUCUUUCCCACUCCCCCCACUUUUUCCACUUUGCACAUGGAUUACACCAUUCGCGAUUCCCUUGUCCAUUCAUCUGUCCCCAUUGAUCUCGCUCCUGGAACUUAUCCUUGCAAGCAGAACAAGUGCUACACCUGCACCUACACUAUCAUGCAGAGCCCCAAACAGUCUUUCCAGGUGAGGCAACACUUCACCUGUGAGUCUGUUGGGAUCAUCUACUAUAUCCAGUGGUCCCUGUAUGUCCUCCUGUAUAUCAGUGAGACUCAACGUUGUUUGGGAGACUGCUUUGACGAGCGCCACAGGAAGUGGAAUCUCCUGGUGGCCACCCAUUCUAAUUCCACAUCCAAGUUCCAUUCCAACAUGUCAGUCCAUGGCCUGCUCCUUUGCGAUGAGGGCUCCAACCAGAGGAGCAACACCUUGUAUUCCAUCUGGGUAGCCUCCAACCUGAUGGCAUUAACUUCAAUUUCUCUUCCUCCCCUUCCCCACACCUUCUUACUGUGACUCCUUAUCUUUUUUUUUCUCCUGUCCUGAUGAAGGGUCUCGGCCUGAAACAUCAACUGUACUCUCUUUCCAUAGAUGCUGCCUGCCUGCUGAAUUCCUCCAGCAUCUUGUGCAUGUGGCUUUAUUCUCCUUGCCUCCUGCUAGUCAGCCAAUCUUUUAUCCAUGCUAGGAUCUUUCCUGUAAUGCCAUGGACUCUUACCUUGUUUAGCAGCCUCAUGUGCAGCACCUUCUCAAAUGCCUUCUGAAAAUCCAAGUAAAUAAAAUCCAUCUACUCUUUUGUUUUUGUCUGUCCUGCUUGUUACUUAUUUCUUCAAAGAAUCCCAACAGACUUGUGAGCAAGAUUUCUCCUUAAGGAAACCAUGCUGACUUCAGCUUAUUUUAUCAUGUGUCCGCACCCCAAAACCUUAUCCUUAAUAAUGGAUUCUAAUAUCUUGCCCACUACUGAAGUCAGGCUAACUGCUUAUAAUUUCCUGUCUUUUGCCUCACUCACUUCUUAAAAAGUGGAGUGACAAUUCUUACAAUUUCCCAGUCCUUUGCAACCAUUCCAGAUCUGGUGAUUCUUGAAAGGCCACUGCUAAUGUUGCCACAAUCUCUUUAGCUUUCUUUAUCAAAACUGUGGUUCAGGUGACUUACCUAGCUUCUGAACUUUCAGCUGAGAUUGGAGGAAUGUAUAGGGGCAAGUCAGAAGUAAAGUCUUUACACUGAGAAUAAUGGGUGUGUGGAAUGCCCUGCCAGGAGUGGUGGUAUAGGCAUUUAAGAAACUCUAAAAUAGACACAUGGAUGGUAAGUCCAGGUGACUUAGGUACAUUAAGACCUAUUGGCUUCCAGAGCACCUUCUCCUCAGUAAUAACAACUAUUCAUAUCUGCUGGACACUCUCGCAUUUCUGGCACACUGUUAGUGUCUUCACUGAAGACUGGUGAAGUGAGCUGAGGAUGUGGUCCACAGUACCAGCUACAAGAAGCCUGCUGUACUAAGUGUAUCUGGUGCUUACAGCUCAUUGAAGAGUGGACACAAAGGUGAGGUGCAGGAAACUCUAAUACUGACACCUUUCAUCCCCAGGAAGUGAGGUGGUGGAGUGUUGGGGUUAAGGAAGGAAUGAUUAUCCUUCUUGGGAGCCUAGCAUACAAGCCAGGCAGUGAGGAUCACUGGGAAGUAUUAAUGUUAGAAUGCCGAGGACAUUAUAUCACUGCCAGUGGACUUGGUUGUAAUAAAAGAUUUUGUAAAAAUCAGUGUAUUUUCGUGUUACUUUGGAUUUGGAGAGGUCCACAGCUUGGAAACAGGCCAUUCAACUCAACCGGUCCAGGCCAACCAAGAUUCCCACCUAAGCUAGUCUCAUGCCUGCACAAGGUCCAUAUUCCUCUCAUGUUCCUUUCCUAACCCUGUCCCUGUCCAAUGCUUUUUAAAUGUUGUUAAUGUGUCUGGCUUAAUCAUUUCCUAAGGCUGUUCAUUCCAUUUACUGACCACUACCUAAGUGAAAAACUGUUCUUCAGGUUCCUAUUAAAUCUCUCUCCUCUCACCUUAAGCUUAUGCCUUCUAGUUUUGAUUUGAUAACCUUGGAAAACACUGUGCACAUUCACCCUAUGCCCCUCAUGAUUUUAUACACCUCUUUCAGAUCACACCUCAUUUGCUCUGUAAACCUUGAUAACUAUCUUUACUGUCAAAAACACCACCAAUUUUAAUGUGUUACCUGAAACUUUAUUAAUUAUGUCUUGUAUAUUCCCAUCCAAAUCAUUGGUAUAGAUGGCUAAAAGCAAAGAGACUGGCACUGAACUCUCAGGAACUCCUCUAGUGAUGGUCCUUCAGCCUGCUUUCUACCAUGAACCCAAUUGUGUAUUUAAUUAGCCAGCUUUCCCUGCAUCUCAUGCAUUACAAUGUUCAUAGCAGUCUACAAUAAGGAAUCUUAUCAAAGGCCAAAGGUCUGCAAAGACAACAUGCAUCUACCACCACGUCCUAUUUAACUUUUAUGGUAACCUCGUCAAAAAAAAACUUAAUUACAUUUGUGAGACAUAAUCUCCAUGCACAAAGCCAUACUAUCUCUAAUCAGUUCCAACUUCCCAUAAUGUUUUGGGAUAUACCUGAUGAAACCCUGUACAUUUAGCUACCUUCAUAUGCUUUAAGACAUCUGGAAACUCCUGCUGGAAUUGAGACUAUCUCAAAGUCAUCCCCAUUCAUAAUGUUACAGUUUUGAGUCUUCAUAUUCUUCUCCAUGGUAAAAAUAGACAAGAAAUAUUCAUUGAGGACUUUGCCCAUUUCUUGUGGCUCCACACAAAGGUGUCCACUUGAAGGGCCCCAUUCUCUCUUUGGAUUAUUAUCUGCAAAGCUCCUUUUCUGCUCUCCUGAUUUCCUGCAUACCCUAUACUCCUUUGGGGGAUUCACUUGAUCCCACCUGCCUGUACCUGACUUGUGCCUCCUUUUCCUUAAAGACUAUCAAUAUCCCUGUUCAUCCAGAUUUCUCUACGGCCAAUCUUGCCUGUCACUCUUAACUGGAACAUGCAGAUCUUGAACUCUUGGAAUAUCGUAUUUACAAACCCCUUUUCCAGAAAAGUUGGGAUAUUUUCCAAAAUGCAAUAAAAACAAAAAUCUAUGAUAUGUUAAUUCACGUGAACCUUUAUUUAGAAUAGUACAGCACGUUACAGGCCCUUCGGCCCACAAUGUUGUGCUGACCUCAAACCCUGACUCACAUAUAACCCCCCACCUUAAAUUCCUCCAUAUACUUGUCUAGUAGUCUCUUAAACUUCACUAGUGUAUCCGCCUCCACCACUGACUCAGGCAGUGCAUUCCAUGCACCAACCACUCUGAGUGAAAAACCUUCCUCUAAUAUCCCCCUUGAACUUCCCUCCCCUUAACUUAAAGCCAUGUACUGAGCAGUGGUGCCCUGGGGAAGAGGCGCUGGCUGUCCACUCUGUCUAUUCCUCUUAAUAUCUUGUACAUCUCUAUCAUGUCUCCUCUCAUCCUCCUCCUCUCCAAAGAGUAAAGCCCUAGCUCCCUUAAUCUCUGAUCAUAAUCCAUACUUUCUAAACCAGGCAGCAUCCUGGUAAAUCUCCUCUGUACCCUUUCCAAUGCUUUCACAUCCUUCCCAUAGUGAGGUGACCAGAACUGGACACUGUACUCAAAGUGUGGUCUAACUAGAGUUUUAUAGAGCUGCAUCAUUACAUCGCAUCUCUUAAAUUCUAUCCCUCGACUUAUGAAAGCUAACACCCCAUAAGUUUUCUUAACUACCCUAUCUACCUGUGAGGCAACUUUCAGGGAUCUGUAGACAUGUACCCCCAGAUCCCUCUGCUCCUCCACACUACCAACUAUCCUGCCAUUUACUUUGUACUCUGCCUUGGAGUUUGUCCUUCCAAAGUGUACCAUCUCACACUUCUCUGGGUUGAACUCCAUCUGCCACUGCUCAGCCAACUUCUGCAUCCUAUCAAUGUCUCUCUGCAAUCUUCGACAAUCCUCUACACUAUCUACAACAUUACCAACCUUUGUGUCAUCUACAAACUUGCCAACCCACCCUUCUACCCCCACAUCCAGGUUGUUAAUAAAAAUCACGAAAAGUAGAGGUCCCAGAACCGAUCCUUGUGGAACACCACUAGUCUCAACCCUCCAAUCUGAAUGUACUUCCUCCACCACAACCCUCUGCCUUCUGCAGGCAAGCCAAUUCUGAAUCCACCUGGCCAAACUUCCCUGGAUCCCAUGCCUUCUGACUUUCUGAAUAAGCCUACUGUGUGGAACCUUGUCAAAUGCCUUACUAAAAUCCAUGUAGAUCACAUCCACUGCACUACCCUCAUCUAUAUGCCUGGUCGCCUCCUCAAAGAACUCUAUCAGGCUUGUUACGCAUAAUCUGCCCUUCACAAAGCCAUGCUGACUGUCCCUGAUCAGACCCUGAUUCUCUAAAUUUCAUAGAUCCUAUCUCAAAGAAUCUUUUCCAACAGCUUUCCUACCACAGACGUAAGGCUCACUGGUCUAUAAUUACCCGGACUAUCCCUACUACCUUUUUUGAACAAGGGGACAACAUUCGCCUUCCUCCAAUCCUCCGGUACCAUUCCUGUGGACAACAAGGACAUAAAGAUCCUAGCCAGAGGCUUAGCAAUCUCUUCCCCCACCUCAUGGAGCAGCCUGGGGAAUAUUCCGUCAGGCCCCAGGGACUUAUCCUUCCUAAUGUAUUUUAACACCUCCAACACCUCCUCUCCCUUAAUAUCAACAAGCUCCAGAACAUCAACCUCACUCAUACUGUCCUCACCGUCAUCAAGUUCCCUCUCAUUGGUGAAUAUCGAAGAGAAGUAUUUAUUGAGGACCUUGCUCACUUCUGCAGCCUCCAGGCACAUCUUCCCACUUUUAUUUCUAAUCGGCUCUACCUUUACUUCUGUUACCCUUCUGUUCUUCACAUAAUUGUAGAAUGCCUUGGGGUUUUCCUUUACCCUACUUGCCAAGGCCUUCUCAUGACCCCUUCUUGCUCUUCUCAGCCCCUUCUUAAGCUCCUUUCUUGCUACCCUAUAUUCCUCAAUUGACCCAUCUGAUCCUUGCUUCCUAAACCUCAUGUAUGCUGCCUUCUUCCACUUGACUAGAUUUUCCACUUGUCACCCAUGGUUCCUCCACCCUACCAUUCUUUAUCUUCUUCACCGGGACAAAUUUAUCCCUAACAUCCUGAAAGAUAUCCCUAAACAUCGACCACAUGUCCAUAGUACAUUUCCCUGCAAAAACAUCAUCCCAAUUCACACCCACAAGUUCUAGCCUUAUAACCUCAUAAUUUGCCCUUCCCCAAUUAAAAAUUUUCCUGUCUUCUCUGAUUCUGUCCUUUUCCAUGAUAAUGCUAAAGGUCAGAGAGCGGUGGUCACUGUCCCCCAGAUGCUCACCCACUGACAGAUCUGUGACCUGACCCGGUUCAUUACCUAAUACUAGAUCUAGUAUGGCAUUCCCCCUAGUCGGCCUGUCAACAUACUGUGACAGGAAUCCAUCCCAGACACACUUAACAAACUCUGCCCCAUCUAAACCCUUGGAACUAAUCAAGUGCCAAUCAAUAUUAGGGAAGUUAAAGUCACCCGUGAUAACAGCCCUGUUAUUUUUGCACCUUUCCAAAAUCUGCCUCCCAAUCUGCUCCUUGGUAUCUCUGCUGCUACCAGGGGGCCUAUAGAAUACCCCCAGUAGAGUAACUUCUCCCUUCCUGUUCCUGACUUCCACCCAUACGGACUCAAAAGAGGAUCCUGCUACAUUACCCACCCUUUCUGCAGCUGUAAUAGUAUCCCUGACCAGUAAUGCCACACCUCCUCCCCUUCCCCCCACCCCAAUAUCCCUUUUAAAGCACUGAAAUCCAGGAAUAUUGAGAAUCCAUUCCUGCCCUGGUGCCAGCCAAGUCUCCGUAAUGGCCACUACAUCAUAAUUCCAAGUAUGUAUCCAAGCUCUCAGUUCAUCACCUUUGUCCCUGAUGCUUCUUGCAUUGACGUAUACACACUAUAGCCCUUCUGCCUUACUACCUUUAUAUCCUUUAUUCUGCUGCUCUUUCCUCAAAGCCUCUCUAUAUUUUAGAUCUGGCUUUACUCCAUGCACUUCUUUCACUGCUCUAUCGCUCCGGGUCCCAUCCCCCUUGGAAAUUAGUUUAAACCCUCCCGAACCAUGCUAGCAAACCUACCAGCAAGGAUAUUGCUCCCCUCGAGUUCAGGUGCAACCCAUCCAAUCUGUACAGGUCCCACCUUCCCCAGAAGAGAUCCCAAUGAUCCAAAAAUCUAAAACCCUGCCCCCUGCACCAACUCCUCAGCCACGCAUUCAACUGCCAUCUUCUCCAAUUCUUACCAUCACUAUCACGUAGUACUGGCAGCAAUCCUGAGAACGCCACCCUUGAGGUCCUGUUCUUCAGCCUUCUGCCUAGUUCCCGAAACUCACACUUCAGGACCUCAUCCCUCUUCCUGCCUAUGUCGUUGGUCCCAACAUGUAUCACAACUUCUGGUUGCUUUCCCUCUUGUACCAGGAUGUCGCACACCUGGUCAGAAACAUCCCGGACCCUGGCACCCGGGAGGCAACAAACCAUGCGGGUGUCCUUCUCACGUCCAUAAAAUCUCCUGUCUGUUCCCCUGACUAUAGAGUCUCCAAUGACGACAGCUCUCCUCUUCUCCGUCCCAUCCUUCUGCACCACAGGGUCAGACUCAGUGCCAGAGGCCCUGCCACCGUGGCUCACGCCUGGUCAGUCGUCCUCACCAACAGCAUCCAGGACGGUAAACUUAUUAUUCAGGGGAAUGGCUACAGGGGUGCUCUGCACUACCUGUCUACUCUCCUUCGUUCCCCCCCCCCCCCGGACAGUCACCCCACAACCUGCUUCCGGCAGCCACUACCUCCCUGUAGCUCUCAUCUAUGACUGCCUCAUUCACCCUUAUGAGUCGAAGGUCAUCCAGCUGCUGCUCCAGAUUCCUCACAUGGUCUUCCAGAUCGCCCAGCCGCAAGCACUUCUGGCAGAUGUGACACUGCGGGAGAGGGGAGAUCACCCAAGACUGCCACAUCUCACAGGAGAGGCACAUCACCGUCUCAGGAGGCAUUGUAAUGACUAACUGGGAACAAGCUCGUCCUCCACCUCUUCUUGUCGAAGCAUCUCGAGUCAAAGCCUCAAAUCUCCACUCUUUCACUGGCCCACUCACUCACUGGCUGCUUUCCACAGACCACUCCACUUGAGGUAACCAUCUAUGUAUUUGAGCUUUUCAAACUGCUUGGUCACCUGACCUCGAUUGCCCAAUCAGCUGUCUUCUGCUGAGCUAUUCAAAUCUUGAUUGACUUGAUUGCAUAGUCCAACUGCCAAAACUGCCAGAAUCUCCCGAGUCAAAGCCUCAAAUCUCCACUCCUUCACUGGCCCACUCACUCACUGGCCGCUUUCCCUUUAUUUAACUGACAAAAGUACAAAGAAAAGAUUUUCAAUAGUUUUACUGACCAACUUAAUUGUAUUUUGUAAAUAUACACAAAUUUAGAAUUUGAUGGCUGCAACACACUCAACAAAAGUUGGGACAGAGGCAUGUUUACCAUUGUGUUACAUCACCUUUCCUUUUAAUAACACUUUUUAAUUGUUUUGGAACUGAAGAUACUAAUUGUAGUAGAUUUGCAAUUGGAAAUUUUGUCCAUUCUUGCUUAAUAUAAGACUUCAGCUGCUCGCAUUAGGGUUAGGAUUGAAACCUUUUCUUUGUACUUUUGUCAGUUAAAUAAAGGUUCACGUGAAUUAACAUAUCACAGAUUUUCGUUUUUAUUGCAUUUUGGAAAAUAUCCCAACUUUUCUGGAAAUGGGGUUUGUAAAAGCCUCCCACUGAUUGGGCAUCCCUUUGUCUUAGAACAACCUUCUCCAAUCAACUUUUCCAAGUUCCUGUCUAAUACCAUCAACAUUUGUGCUCCUCCUCUGACACCUCAGAAUCAGGUUUAUUAUCACCAGCAUAUGACGUGAAAUUUGUUAACUUAGCAGCAGCAAUUCAAUGGAAUACAUAAUCAAGCAGAGAAAAAAAAUAAUAAAUUAAAUAAAAAUAAUAGUAAUAAUAAAUAAGUAAAUCAGUUACAUAUAUUGAAUAGCUUAAAAUGUGCAAAAACAGAAAUCGUAUAUUUUGUUUAAAAAGUGAGGUAGCGUCCAAACAUUCAAUGUCCAUUUGGGAAUCGGAUGGCGGAGGGGAAGAAGCUGUUCCUGAAUUGCUGAGUGUGUGCCUUCAGACUUCUGUACCUCCUUCCUGAUAGUAACAGUAAGAAAAGGGCAUGCCCUGGUUGCUGGAGGUCCUUAAUAAUGGAUGCUGCCUUUCUGAUACAUCGGUCCCUAAAAAUGUCCUGGGUACUUUGCAGGCUAGUACCCAAGAUGGAGCUGAAUAGAGUUACAACAUUCUGCAGCUUCUUUCGGUCCUGUGCUGUAGCCCCUCAUUACCAUACAGUGAUGCAGCUAUAGAAGUUUAAGUGUAUUUGUUGACAGGCAAAAUCUCUUCAAACUCCUAAUAAAGUUUAGCCGCUGUCUUGUCUUUAUAACUACAUCAAUAUAUUGGAACAAGGUUAGAUCCUCAAAGAUCUUGACACUCAGGAACUUGAAGCUGCUCACUCUCUCCACUUAGAAGCAUAGAACAUUACAGCACAGAAACAGGCCCUUUGGCUCCUCUUGGCUGUGCCAAACCAUUUUUCUGCCUAGUCCCACUGACCUGCACCUGGACCAUAUCCCUCCAUACUCCUCUCAUCCAUGUACCUGUCCAAGUUUUUCUUAAACAUUAAAAGUGAGCCCGCAUUUACCACUUCAUCUGGCAGCUCAUUCCACACUCCCACCACUCUCUGUGUGAAGAAGACCCCCCCCCCCAUGUUCCCUUUAAACUUUUCCCUUUUCACCCUUAACCCAUGUCCUCUGGUUUUUUUUCUCCCCUAGCAUCAGUGGAAAAAGCUUGCUUGCAUUCACUCUAUCUAUACCCAUCAUAACUUUAUAGGUAGGCCUCCGUUAGUCUCGAUAGACCACGAAUUUGCGCCUUGGUAAGUUUUAUAUACCUCUAUCAAAUCUCCCCUCAUUCUUCUACACUCCAGGGAAUAAAGUCCUAACCUAUUCAACCUUUCUCUGUAACUCAGUUUCUCAAGUUCUGUCAACAUCUUUGUAAACAUCUGCACUCUUUCAACCUUAUUAAUAUCCUUCCUGUAAUUAGGUGACCAAAACUGCUCACAAUACUCCAAAUUCGGCCUCACCAAUGUCCUAUAGAACCUCAGCAUAACAUUCCAACUCUUAUACUCAAUACUUCAAUUUAUAAAGGCCAAUGUACCAAAAGCUCUCUUUACGACCCUAUCUACCUGUGAUGCCGUAGAACCAUAGAACACUACAGCACAGUACAGGCCCUUCAGCCCUCCAUGUUGUGCCAAUCCAUAUAAUCCUUAAAACAAAGUACUAAACCCACACUACCCCAUAACCCUCCAUUUUUCUUUCAUCCAUGUGCCUGUCCAAGAGGCUCUUAAAUACCCCUAAUGUUUUAGCCUCCACCACCAUCCCUGGCAAGUCAUUCCAGGCACUCACAACCCUCUGUGUAAAAAAGAAACUUACCCUUGAUGUCUCCCCUAAACUUCCCUCCCUUAAUUUUGUACAUAUGCCCUCUGGUGUUUGCUAUUAGUGUCUUGGAAAACAGGUACUGACUAUCCACCCUAUCUAUGCCUCUCAUAAUCUUGUAGACCUCUAUCAAGUCCCCUCUCAUUCUUCUACGCUCCAAAGAGAAAAGUUCCAGCUCUGCUAACCUUGCUUCAUAUGACUUGUUCUCCAAACCAGGCAACAUCCUGGUAAAUCUCCUCUGCACUCUCUUCAUAGCUUCCACAUCCUUCCUAUAAUUAGGUGGCCAGAAUUGAACACAAUACUCUAAGUGCAGUCUCACCAGAGAUUUGUAGAGUUGCAACAUGACCUCUCUACUCCUGAACUCAAUCCCCCUGUUAAUGAAGCUUAGCAUCCCAUAGGCCUUCUUAACUAUCCUAUCAACCUGUGCAGUGACCUUAUGCAGGGAUGUAUGGACUUGAACCCCAAGAUCCCUUUGUUCAUCCACACUCUUAAGUAACUGACCAUUAAUCCUGUACUCAAUCUUCUGGUUUGUCCUUCCAAAAUGCAUCACCUCACACUUGUCCGGAUUGAACUCCAUCUGCCACUUUUCUGCCCAACUCUGCAGCCUGUCUAUAUCCUCUUGUAACCUUCGACAACCUAUAGCUCCAUCCACAACUCCUCCAAUCUUCGUGUCAUCCGCAAACUUACUCACCCAUCCUUCUGCCUCUACGUCCAGGUCAUUUAUAAAAAUCACAAAUAGCAGGGGUCCCAGGACAGAUCCCUGCGGCACUCCACUAGUCACUGAUCUCCAGGCAGAAUACUUUCCUUCCACAACUACCCUCUGCUUUCUUCCUUUAAGCCAAUAUUUUAUCCAAACAGCCAAGGUUCCACUUAUCCCAUGCCUCAUGGCUUUCUGGAUGAGUCUCUCAUGAGGGACCUUGUCAAAUGCUUUGCUAAAGUCCAUGUAGACCACAUCCACUGCCCUACCCUCAUCAAUUUCUCUUGUUACCUCUUCAAAGCCAUGUUGACUAUGCCACUUUUAGGGAAUUAUAUAUCUGUAUUCCCAGUUCUGAGGAGUUCUACUGCACUCCUCAGUAUCCUACCAUUUUUUUAUCUUGUAUGUUCUACCUUGGUUUGUCCUUCCAAAGUGCAAUACCUCACACUUGUCUGCAUUAAAUUCCAUCUGCCAUUUUUCAGCCCAUUUUUCCAGCUGGUCCAAAUCCCUCUGCAAUCUUUGAAAACCUUCCUCACUAUCCAAUACACCUCCAAUCUUUGUAUCAUCAGCAAAUUUACUGAUCCAAUUUACCACAUUAUCAUACAGAUCAUUGAUAUAGAUAACAAAUAACAAUGGACCCAACAGUGAUCUCUGUGGCACACCACUAGUCACAGGCCUCAAUUCAGAGAAGCAAUCCUCCACUACCACUCUCUGGCUUCUCCCAUUGAGCCAAUGUCUAAUCCAAUUUACUACCUCUCCAUGUAUACCUAGCAACUGAAUCUUCCUAACUAACCUCCCAUGUGGGACCUUGUCGGAGGCCUUACUGAAGUCCAUGUAGACAACAUCCACUGCCUUCCCUUCAUCCAUUUUCCUGGUAACCUCCUCGAAAAACUCUAAUAGAUUGGUUAAACAUGACCUACCACACACAAAGCCAUGUUGACUCUCCCUAGUAAGUCCCUGUCUAUCCAAAUACUUGUAGAUCCUAUCUCUGUGUGCAGACAUCUACUGAUGCUUCUGGACACAUCAUCAGUGAUGUUCCUGGAAUCAUCGGGUGUUUUGGGUCUUUCAACAUCAGACACUCUUCCCCAGGUGACCCAGCCAGGACUGAUCAGACCCCAGCUUGUGUCCAGAUGGCUAGCUACAUAUGACUCCAUGGCUCCCCUCUCUUGAGCCACAGCCAUCUUGAGGCCCUCCCUGCCACAUCGGUGGCAUUGCGGAUGGCUCUCCUCUUCCUCUCUCCCUCGAUACCCAAAUUGCUGAAGGCUCUGGCUAAGGAAUGGGCUGCGAAUCCCCUACAACCAACUUCCACUGGGAGACACCUCGCUCUCCAUCCAGUCUGCUGGUUGUCGCUGACCAGUCUCCUUCCAAUAAUUUAUUGACUACUGACGUCAAACUUACCAGCCUAUAAUUUCCCAGAUUACUUUUAGAGCCUCUUUUAAACAAUGGAACAACAUGAGCUAUCCUCCAAUCCUCUGGCACCUCACCCAUAGAUACUGACAUUUUAAAUAUAUCUGCCAGGGCCUCUGCAAUUUCACACUAGUCUCCUUCAAGGUCCGAGGGAGUACCCUGUCAGGUCCUGGGGAUUUAUCUACUCUGAUUUGCCUCAAGACAGCAAGCGCCUCCUCCUCUUCAAUCUGUAUAGGUACCAUGACCUCACUACUUGUUUGCCUUAUUUCCAUAGACUCCAUGCCAGUUUCCUUAAUAAAUGCAGAUGCAAAAAACCCAUUUAAAAUCUCCCCUAUUUCUUUUGGUUCCAUACAUAGCCGACCACUCUGAUCUUCAGGAGGACCAAUUUUAUUCCUUACUAUCCUUCUGCUCUUAAUAUACCUGUAGAAGCUCUUUGGAUUAUCCCUCACCUUGACUACCAAAGCAACCUCAUGUCUUCUUUUAGCCCUCCUGAUUUAUUUAUUGAGUAUUUUUUUGCACUUUUUAUACUCCUCAAGCACCUUAUAGCUCCCUGUUGUCUAUACAUGUUAUAUAUCUCUCUCUUCUUUAUCAGAGUUCCAAUAUCCCUCGAGAACCAAGGUUCCGUAUUCUUAUUCACGUUGCCUUUAAUCCUGACAGGAACAUACAAACUCUGCACUCUCAAAAUUUCUCCUUUGAAGGCCUCCCACUUACCAACAAAUACUUGCCAGACAACAACCUGUCCCAAUCUACACUUUUUAGAUCCUUUCUUAUUUCUUCAAAUUUGGCCUUUUUCCAGUUUAGAACCUCAACCCGAGGACCAGAUCAAUCUUUAUUCAUGAUCAAAUUGAAACUAAUGGUGUUAUGAUCAUUGGAACCAAAGUGUUCCCAUACACACACUUCUGUCACCUGUCCUAACUCGUUUCCUAAUAGGAGAUGUAAUACUGCAUCCUCUCCAGUUGGUACCUCUAUAUAUUAAUAAAGAAAACUUUCCUGGACACAUUUUACAAACACUAACCUGUCUAGACCUUUAACAGUAUGGGGGUCCCAAUCAAAUGUGGAAAAUUAAAAUCCCCUACUAUCACAAUUUUAUGUUUCCUGCAGUUGUCUGCUAUCUCUCUGCAGAUUUUGCUCCUCCAAUUCUCGCUGACUAUUAGAUUGUCUAUAAUACAACCCCAUUAAUGUGGUCAUACCUUUCCUGUUUCCCAGCUCCACCCAUAUGGCCUCAGUAGACAAGCCUUCUAAUCUGUCCUGCCUGAGCACUGCUGUAACAUUUUCCCUGACUAGCAAUGCCAUCACCCCCCCCCCCCCCCCACCACCCUUCAUCCCUCUGCCUCUAUCACAUCUGAAACAUCUAAACCCUGGAACAUUGAGCUGCCAGUCCUGCCCUACUUGUAGCCAAGUUUCAGUAAUGGCUAUAAUGUCAUAAUUCCAUGUGUCAAUCCACGCCCUCAGCUCUUCUGCCUUCCCCACAAUACUCUUUGCAUUGAAAUAGAUACACCCCUCAGAAGAUUAUUACCACCACACAUAGACCUUCUAUUUAUGACUUUGCAUGAACUUUUAACAUCAUUUAUUUUCACUCCCCGCUCCACUAUCUGCUCUGUCACUCUGGUUCCCAUCCCCCUGCAAAUCUAGUAUAAAUCCUCCCCAACAGCACUAACAAACCUCCUGCAAGGAUAUUGGACCCCUGUAGUUCAAGUGUAACCUGUCUCUCUUGUACAGGUCCCACCUGCCCCAGAAGAGGUCCCAAUGAUCCUGAAAUCUGAAACCCUGCCCCCUACACCAGUUCCUCAGCCACGUGUUCAUCCUCCAAAGCAUUCUAUUCUUACACUCACAGGCACGUGGCACAGGUAACAAUCCUGACAUUACCACUCUCAAGGUCCUGCUUUUUAACUUCCUGCCAAGCUCUCUAUACUCUCUCUUCAGGACUUCUUCACUCUUUCUUUCUAUGUCAUUGGUACCAAUGUGUACCAUGACAUCUGGCUGAUCACCCUCCCACUUCAGAAUGCUGUGUACCCAGAGAUAUCCCUGACCCUGGCACCUGGGAGGCAACAAACCAUCCGGGAGUCUCUGUCAUGACCACAGAACCUCCUGUCUGUACCUCUAUCGAGUCCCCUAUCACUACCGCAAUCCUCUCCUUCCACCCUCCCUUCUGCACUGCAAAACCAGACUCAGUGCCAGAGAUCCGGCUGUUGCAGCUUGUCCCAGGUAAGUGAUUCCCCCCAACAGUAUCCAAAUUGGUAUACUUGUUGUUGAGGGGAAUGGCCACAGGGGAGCCCUGCUCUGUCUGCCCUUUCCCCUUCUCUCACCUGACGGUAACCCGUGCGCUGCUCCUUUGGCAUAACUACCUCCCUGAAACUGCUAUUUAUAAACUCCUCAUUCUCCCGAAUGAUCCAGAGGUCAUCCUGCUCCUGCUCCAGUUCCCUAACGUGGUUUGUUAGAUGCCACCAGCUGGAUGUACUUCUUGCAGGUGUCGUCAGGGAGACCAGAGGUCUCCGGUAAGAGGAGCAUUCCUAGAUCCUGCCUGGCAUUCUUUCUACUCUAAACAAACAAGACAAAACUUACUGGAAUCUAUCCUCCCCUCUGCCUGUUCAUGCCGAAGCCUGUUGAGCCAAAGGCGUCCCACUCUGCUCCUCUCACUCCGCUGCCCACUGUAUAUGGUGGUUGUCAUUUUAAAACCUUUGGUGCUCUGCUGGCUGACGUCACGCACCUGCACAGUCCAGCCUUUUUCCCCGAGCAGCGUAAAAAAAAUGGCUUCUUUCCGAGAUUCCUUACUCCUUCACUUUCAGACUCUAGCUCCAAUUUAAAAAAAACAUUUGAUCCUUCUAUGAGGAUUGGUGUGUGUUCCUUCGUCUUACCUUUCAUGAAGUCCACAAUCAGCUCUUUCGCCUUACUGAAAUUGAGUGCCAGGUUGUUGCACCAGCACCACUCCACUAGUUGGCAUAUCUAACUCCUGUAUGCCUUCUCGUCACCACCUGAGAUUCUGCCAACAAUGGUUGUAUUGUCAGCAAAUACAUAGAUCAAACUUGAGCUAUGCCUAGCCAUACACCUGUCAUUUGUCCUACCCCAGUUCCCCAGAGUAUGUUGAAAUGUGUUCUCUCUCUGUAGGUCCUUCAGUAUAUCAUGUGAGGAAACUAUCCUGAACACACUUUACAAAUUCUAUUCUACUUAAGCCCUUUGGAUUUUGACAGUCCCAGUCCGUUAGGAAAGUUAAAAUCCCCUAUUAUCACAACUGUAUUAUUCUUACAACUUUACACAAUCUCUCUCUGUGUAUUUGUUCCUCUAUUCCCAUUGAUUUUUUUUUGGGGGGGGAGCUAAAGUACAAUCCAAACAAGGUGACCAUCCUCCCCUUAUUUCUCAGCUCCACCCAUAAAGCUUCACUGGAUGGUCCCACAGUAACUUUCUCAUGUUCUGCUAUGAGCCACAGGUUGUUGUAGACUUUGCUACAAAUGACAUAGGUAGAGAAAAGGAUGAGAAUCUCUUGUUGGGCAGAGGUGACCUGUAGAAGAGGUAUGAGUUUUACCUGAGCUGGAAGGGGAACAAUAUAUGGGGAAGAAAAUUUGCUAGUUCUACAUGUGAGGGUUUAACCUAAUCUGGCAAGGAAGUGAGAACCUGCAGAAAGGAGUGAGAAGGAAGAAUUAGCAAAAUUAAUAUACAGGAUGAGGCUUUUCAUUCCAGGACAAUGGAGAUGUCUUCCUUUUUUAAACAAAAGGGCUUCCCUUUGUCCACCAUCAACUCUGCUCUCAAACGCAUCUCUCCCAUUUCCCGCACAUCUGCCCUUACCCCAUCCACCCACCACCCCACUCGGGAUACGGUUUCCCUUGUCCUCACCUACCACCCCACCAGCCUCCAGGUCCAACGUAUAAUUCUCCGUAACUUCCGCCACCUCCAACGGGAUCCCACUACCACACACAUCUUUCCCUCCCCCCCUUCUGCUUUUCGCAGGGAUCGCUCCCUAUGCGACUCCCUUGUCCACUCGUCCCCCCAAUCCCUUUCCACCGAUCUCCCUCCUGGCACUAAUCCUUGUAAACAGAACAAGUGCUACACCUGCCCUUACACUUCCUCCCUCACCACCAUUCAGGGCCCCAGACAGUCCUUCCAGGUGAGGCGACACUUCACCUGUGAGUCGGCUGUUGUGUUAUACUGCGUCCGGUGCUCCCGGUGUGGCCUUUUAUAUAUUGGUGAGACCCGAUGCAGACUGGGAGACCAUUUCACUGAACACCUACGCUCGGUCCGCCAGAAAAAGCAGGAUCUCCCAGUGGCCACAGAUUUUAAUUCCAUGUCCCAUUCCCAUUCUGAUAUGUCUAUCCAUGGCUUCCUCUAUUGUCAAAAUGAAUCCAAACUCAGGUUGGAGGAACAACACCUUAUAUACCAGCUGGGUAGCCUCCAACCUGAUGGCAUGAACAUUGACUUCUCUAACUUCCAUUAAUGCCCCUCCUCCCCUUCUUACCCCAUCCCUGACAUAUUUAGUUGUUUGCCUGUUCUCCAUCUGCCUCUGGUGCUCUCCCCCCCUUCUUUCUUUCUCCUGAGGCUUCCCGUCCCAUGAUCCUUUCCCUUCUCCAGCUCUGUAUCACUUUCGCCAAUCACCUUUCCAGCUCUUAGCUUCAUCCCACCCCCUCCGGUCUUCUCCUAUCAUUUCGCAUUUUCCCCUCCCCCCACUACUUUCAAAUCUCUUACUAUCUUUCCUUUCAGUUAGUCCGGACGAAGGGUCUCGGCCCGAAACGUCGACAGUGCUUCCCCCUAUAGAUGCUGCCUGGCCGGCUGUGUUCCACCAGCAUUUUGUGUGUGUUGUUAGCAAAAUUAAUAGUUGGACACCUAAGAGUUAAGUGGGGAAACAGAAGCAUUGCUCCUUGUCCUUGGGUAUAACUGCACCUUGAAGGGUAUUGUGCUGGGAAAGAGAGGGAGGCUUGCAAGAAUCUCUAACAAUUAAGAGUGAAACAUCUCCGAAAACCAUUGGUUUGAUGAAAUAUUGUAAAAUUAAUCAAACUAACCCUUGUAACAUCAAAGGUAGGAUGACACAAGGGCAGGACCAACUGAUAUGACCAAGAAGAAGAGCAGAAAGAUUUAUCAAAUGUACUCCUCUGGUGCAAAGAUAUGGGAAAGCAAAAGGUAUCUGUUUUGCUUGAACCUCCACAUACAUUGAAAGUACAUAAAAGAGGGAACUAUACUUGGGCAGGACAGUCUCAGAAACUUUCUGGGCUGUUCUCCUAAUCAAUCAGUACUGUGCAAUAAAUCUUCCCUCUACUA